CCGUGUGGGAUAACACAGCAGUGAUGGGAUAACACAUAACGCCUGAGCAUGUAGCGCAGUGCAGCCUGUGAGGAGGUGGAGGACUGCGUGUCCCAGUCUGACCAGCUGAAGGAAUCAUUUCUUACUGGAUCUGUUUUUCUGCUUUCUGCACAGCAGCUUCAGAAGGAGCAAGAAGACCUGGGAUGAGUCUCACCUGCAGACUCCUGAAAAUGUGGAAUCUUCAUGCAUAAAUCAGGACCUCAAAGAAACGCUGAGUUGAAACGAUGAGUUGAAGCCUUCUGGAAAACUGCAGGAUAUUAAUUCAAUGUUUGAAUAAAACUUGGAUGCAAACAUGUGAACAAAAGGAAGGACUUCAACUUCAGGAGAUUCCUCUGAAAUAUCAGAGUUUAGAGGAUAAAAAAAGUUGUAGAAACAUCUAACAAAAUUUCCUGGAGAUGAGUGUUUUUGAGCCAACCGAGAGCCUCCCUGUGCGGAAGAAGAGCAGCUGCAACAUGAAGCUCCCUCUUCAUUGUUCAGGAGACCACAAUGGGAAUGCUUUCCCAGUCUCCUCUUCUUCCUCCUCCUCCUCCUGCCUAGGGGAGUCAUCUCCAGAGUCGCUGCGGAGUCUCAGCAGCCUGAAUGGUGGGCGGACAGACAGCCCCCUGGAGUACGACCUCCUGGAGGUCACCCUGAUGACCACCAUGAUGCCUGGAGCAGAGAACAUGGAGGAUGUGGUGCUGUCAAAAUGGUCUCCAGAGGAGGAGGAGGAUUCUUCAGUAGGGAUGUUCCCAACAGAAUCCAAUGAUGUCUCGGUUUACCUGGACGCCAGCAGCGGCGAAUACCACCAGAACACCUGGAACGACAACCUUACGCUGUCCCUAAAUGCAAAUGAUGGUUGCCAUGGCAAUGAUGAUGUGACCAAUGAAAGUUGUGGGAGGCGGAGUUCCACCACUGCAGACUCGGACACAACAGAGAUCCUAGAUGAUGAUGAUGAUGAUGAGGAGGAUGCUCUGUUUGUGUCUGUGAGCUCAGAAGUGUGUGUGACGCUUGCUCAGGUGAGUCCAGGUGGAUGUGCUGCAGGGUUGGAUCUCCAGACCGAUGCUGUAAGGACAGAUGAGAACAAGCUGGGGUCAGAACGGCCGCAGGGCUCUCUGGUUAACCCGCCUGCCUCCCUAGACCUCCGAGAGACCUCCCCGAUCUCCUGCUCCUCACCAUCCUGCAACCAUCCAGCCGAAGAUGCUCCGACUGUCACAUCUGCUCCACCUGAAGAAGCAGAAAUCUGUAAGACUCAAACCAGGCCGAUCAGCGCUGGGAAAACAUCCAGCCUGGAAGCAAAGAGAGUUCCCAAACCUGUCAAAGCUAGAACUGGAUCACAGAACACAUCUCCGUCUAAAACACCCCCACAGCAGAACAAACCUGUGUCAGAUACUGCAAGGAGAGCUGUUCCCAGAAAAGAUGAGGUUGAUGGCGGUAAAAAGUCUUCUCCAGGUCCAAUUAAAGUGGCUGUGAUCCUGAGACGCAGCAGAGGAAAGAGUGCUAGCUUCAAGGCCAACCACAAGGUGGCAGUGACUUCAACCUUUGUACAGCCAGAGAAGAAAAACCCUGUGGUCUCUGAGGUGGUUGGAGACGGGCGCCUGGAUGCUCCUGGGAAGCCUGUCCAGGACCUGCUGGAUGGUGUGGAGAAAAACGGUCCACCAGCGCCGAGAAAGACGGAGCUUAUGAGUCGAGCACCAGAGACAGAAGCUGCUGACGGGAAACAAAGGGUUCCCAGUAAGCUCCAGCUGCUCCUCCCCUCCUUCAGCCUCUUCCUCACUUCCCUCGUCUACAGCUCUGUCUGGCUGGGAAUAGCUAACACCAUGGUCUCUGUGCGCAGCGCCGAGCUCAGGUCCCUGGGUUGGGACGCUGUCACUAAACAUCAGCUCUUCCUGCAGAGAUUCUCCUCCAGGUUGGGACCUGGGGUCCGGCAGCAGGGGAGGACCAACAGGCCAGACAGGGGACCGGCACCACCUCCAGGCUCUGGGACAGGACCUCCCGGGCAGGAACGUUCUCAACCGGGAGCCUCCGAAGAAUCCAGGGUGGUUCAAGCUGAUGGAUCUCUAGCCAAGAGACAGAACCAGAACCAGGGUAUUCCCAAACCUCGAACAUCAGCAAUUGCUCACAGUCCCACUGCGUCUAUUCCCAAACCAACAUCCAAUCAGCAGCCAGCAGCAGGGUCAGCAGGCCGACAACCUGCACCCACUGCCUCCAGGCUUCCUGUUAAAGGCUUACCAGGCAGCCUGAGUUGCUCAUCACUGGGGAGCAACGAGAACAAUGCCGCCAACAGCAAAGCCUCUCCUGGAGCUCCACCUCCUACGGACUCAAAGCCCGGUGACCAGCCCAGCAGAGGCUCACCUUCUUCAGGCAGCCAGAACACAGCAAAGCCCCACAACUCUGGAAUCACCAGUGCUACUGGUGACAUCUCACCCAGCAGUGGUCCAAUGCCUCCAGCUGCUGGCAUGAGGAGCAGAGGGCCGUCUGUGCAGGCCAGGACGUCUAUUACAGGUCUGAAGACCCCCACCAUCACCAACCAGAACAUGACAAAGAUGCCUGCUGGCCAUCCGCCAGCAAAGGCCAUUUCGUCGGCGAAGCCCCCGCUGCAGAGAAACGGUUCGGCCCGCCACGGUCGACUGAACAUCACAGUCUGGGCUCAGCAGCUCUGCGUUUCAGCCUGGCAGCCUCCAGUGGACAAAAACAAACCCCGGGAGGCGCCGGCGAGACCCACAAACAGCAGCUCCCAGAUCACCACAGGCAACCAGCAGAACCAGCAGCUGGUCCCAGCUGAAUCGGUACCAGAUGUCCUGAAUGCUAACAUCCCAGUAACACCAACUCUCCCAGUCCCGUCCCCUGAUGACUCUAUCACUACAUCCGGGUGUGCUGGACCCACUGGUCCAGCCCUCAAAGCCAGGACCGGGUCACGUUCCAGCCCUAAACACAGGUCCCGGCUUCAGCAUGCAUCCCGACCUGGAGUGGGUGGGGCUGUGGCACCAGUUGGCACGGUCACAGUUAAACAGAACCAGAACAAAGAGCAGAUGGAGAGGAAGAACCAGGCCAUCAUCCAGCUAAGAAGGCUGCUGGUUCAGGGGAACCGGAGGGUGGAGGCUCUGGCUGUUGUCAUCCAGCAUCUGUUCUCUGAGCGAGAGGAAACCUUGAAGCAGAAGAAGGAGCUGUCGUCGGAGCUGGCCAAGCUCAGACAGGAGCUGGUCGCAUCGUCACAGAGCUGCCAGAGGCUGCAGACGGAGAAGGACGAGGUGCGAGCAAACUCGGAGGAGGCUUUGAAAAGGUUGGAGGAGCAGCAUCAGGAGGAGCUGGUUCAGCUGGAGAACAGGUUAAAAUGCUUCUACCAAGCAGAGUGGGAUAAAGUCCACCAGCUGUACCAGGAGGAGGCUGAUAAAUGUCGCCUGUUGAUGGAGCAGCAGGUGGAGGAGCUGAGGAGCCGACAGGAAGCAGAGAAGAAGAAGCAGGAAGAGAGUCACAGCCAGCAGAUGGAGGCGGUCAAACAGGAGUACGAGACCUCCAUACAAGGGCUGAAGAUGAUCCAGCAGACUGAACUGGAGGAUCUGCAGAAAACACUGAAGGAAACUGAAACUUCUCUCACUGAGAAGAUAUCAGCGCUGUCUGCAGAAAACGAGGAUCUGAGUGAGAAGCUGCGAGUAGAAGAAGAGAGGAGGCAGCAGAUACUGAGCAACAAAACUGUGGAUUCACACACCCUGUACCUGGAGCAGGAGCUUGAGAGCAUCAAGGUGGUGCUGGAGAUCAAGAACAACCAGUUGCACCAAAAGGAGAAGAAGCUGAUGGAGAUGGACAAACUGGUGGAGACGAACGUAAGGCUGGAGGAGUGUCUGAAGAAGGUGCAACAGGAGAACGAGGACUACAAGGCUAGGAUGGACAAACACGCGGCUCUGUCAAAGCAGCUGUCCACGGAGCAGGCCAUCCUCCAGCAGACCCUGCAGAAGGAGUCCAAGGUCAACAAGCGUUUGUCCAUGGAGAACGAGGAGCUGCUGUGGAAGCUGCACAACGGCGACCUGCUGGGAAGCCCCCGCCGCCUCUCGCCCACCUCCCCCUACAGCUCACCCCGAAACUCCGCCUCCUUCCCUACAGCUGCGCCAUUAUCUCCCAGAUAACCCUGCUGACUCCCCCGCCUGUGCCGGCUGUUGGACGUCACGAUGAACGUUCUGGAUGGACGGUUUGGAGGCAAGCGGCACUGAUGCACUUCAGUCUGAGCGUGGGACCGACCUCGCUCUCUGUCUUGACCAAACGCCUGAAACUCUGACACGUCAGGCGCUCCUCAGGGUCUGUACAUAUUGUCAGCGUUGCCGUGACUAUCCUUCAGGAGCUCUGAGCUUCCUGCUCUCUGAUGGGAAGAGAGGGAAAACUGGAAGAGGAUAAGGGGUGAUUCCCGUGGAUUAUUUAGCCUUUUUAAGGAUCUUACUUCUUCUCCCAAAGAGCGAAGUUCAAUCAGUUGGACCUCAGCAGAGGAUGAACUUCAUGUAAGAAAAAAAAAAACCCUGAUGUGAACCUGGUGUUCCUCUGUGGAAACUUCUUACCCCUCAACCUUGUAAAACUCUUUGUGGAAUGUAAAAAAGGUCCGGAUGGUACUGGUCCGUCUCGCAGCCAAAUAUGCAGUUUAUUUAACCCCCCCCCCCCCACCCCACUGCCAAACAAACUGGAAAAUAAUUUUUCUGUUUCUCACAUAAAGUCUCUUUUUCUACAUUUCUGGCCUGUGUGUCCCAGAUGUGUCACCAUGUUGUUUGUCCUUAAGAACCUCAGAUGUACCCAGAAUGCCUCAUUGUUCAACGUUCUGCUUUAUUUCUGCCUCAGAAUAAAAUCAUAAUGACA